GGGCGUGGCCACUCGGUGCGAGGUUUGUUUUCAUGCUGCUGGUGGGAUCCCGCAGUAGCAGAGGCAGCAGCAGCAGAACCGAGGCGUGUUUACAUAUCUACGUGCAAAAUAGGAACAACAAAAAAAAUGUCUUUCAAGACCGUGGGCACGGUGCUGACGCGGACACUGUGGGCCAGGGGGAACAGGACCCCCCCUCUCGCCAGAUCCCCGCGGGUGAACAGGCUCUCCACGUCGUGCAGGGUGUUCGCGGGGUCCGAGCAUGUGGAGAGGAGCGCGGAGCGAAGCUGCAGCUCGGACGCGGACAGGCCGAGCGGCGGGGAGGCGCCAGCAUCCGGCGGCGAGCCGCCGCACAAGUGCGCCAGCGGGGACAAGAAGAGGCUGAAGGAGGCCCCCGGAGCGCCGGGCGUGAGCGGCGUGAGGAGACGCUCCUUCACCUCCAACGCUGCGCCCAUGGACCAGACGUCGUUCCUGUGGAGCCGCUACAAUGACCUGAAACGGCUGGUCCACGACCUGAUCCCCCCCGGCGCGUGUAAAAGCCUCAACUCCUCGGUGAUCUACGCCAACAACGAGGUCAGCCUGGAGGAGGUGGACAUCUACGGCUUUGACUACGACUACACUUUGGCUCAGUACUCCAACGAGCUGAACGCGCUGAUCUACAACACGGCGAAGGGAUUCCUGAUUGAACACUUCAAGUACCCUGAAGGAAUUGCAAAAUAUGAGUACAUUCCUAACUUUACCGUCCGGGGUCUUCACUACGACAUCCAAAAGGGGCUGCUGAUGAAAAUCGAUGCCUUCCAUUACAUCGAGCCAGGAACAGUGUAUCGGGGUCUGAGUCCAGUGUCGGAUGACGAGGUGCUUUAUCUCUACGGGGGUACUUUCCACGUCCCGUUGUCACAGGACAGUGGGUUCUACGGAAAGGGACCAAAGGUGAAGCAGUUCAUGGACAUCUUCUCCAUCCCAGAGAUGACCCUCCUGGCUGUGGCCAAUGACUUCUUCAUCACCAACGACAUCGAGUACGACCCGGUCCACCUCUUUAAGGACGUUUCCGAGGCCAUUGGCAUGGUUCACCUCAAGGGCUUCAUGUACAAGUGGAUCAUGCAAGACCUCGACAAGUUUAUCUUGAGAAAGGAAGAGACGGACGCCGUCCUCCAUCGCUUGGUCAGACUGGGGAAGAAGCUCUUCCUCAUCACCAACAGUCCCUUCAGCUUUGUGGAUAAAGGAAUGACGCACAUGGUGGGGAAGAACUGGAGAGACUUCUUUGACGUGGUUAUCGUGCAGGCAGACAAACCUCACUUCUUCACCGACUGCAUCAAGCCCUUCAGGCGCCUGGAUAAUAACGGAGACCUGCGGUGGGAGAAGAUCACCGGUUUGGAAAAGGGGCAGAUCUAUAAACAGGGCAACUUGUUUGACUUCCUGAGACUGACCGGCUGGCGAGGAUCCAAGGUCCUUUACUUUGGGGAUCAUCUUUAUAGCGACUUGGCUGAUCUGAUGUUGCGACACGGCUGGCGCACGGCGGCCAUCGUCCCGGAACUGGAGCACGAAACCAAAAUAGUGAGCGCCCAACGCUACGCCGUGACCCUCACCUGGCUGCAGGCCCUGACCGGCCUGAUGGAGCGCCUUCAGACACACCGUGACCCAGACUCCAAAAAAGUUUUUCACGAAUGGCAGAAAGAAAGAGAAGAACUGCGGGUGAUGACGAAGAACCUGUUCAAUCCUCAGUUUGGCAGCAUCUUCAGAACGUGCCACAACCCCACCUACUUCUCCAGACGCCUGAGCCGAUUCUCAGACAUCUACAUGGCCUCUCUGAGCUGUCUGCUGAACUACGACCCCACGUACACCUUCUACCCCCGCCGCACACCCCUUCAGCAUGAAGCUCCUCUGUGGAUGGAUCAGCUGUGCACGGGCUGCAUGAAGACGCCCCACCUGGAUGACAUGGCCAGCAUUCGAUGAGAGCUGUGCUCUCCUCACUGACUCUUUGGACAUGUGUUAGGUCAAAGUGGCAAAAACUUGAGCUAGUCGGAGCAUUUAGUUCCUCUUAACAGGGUCUGGUUUAUUUCCCGAGAAGGUGCUGCACAAUUCCUUCCACUGGACACCGCUCACUGUUCAGUAUUGAGAAGGCCUCCUCACUGAGUCCACUGGAGGGAGCUGUAGAGCUACGGUAGCUGCGUCUGUGAAAAGUGGUACAAGAUUGACAGAGGAUUGAUGGUUUCUGGUCGAGAAUGGGGGAAGUUGUUUAAUACUAAGCUGCAUCGCACAAUUAAAACAAAUAAAGGACUAAAAUCUUUUCUAAUUCCGUGUUUACCUUAUUAACCGUCUUGUGCUGUACUCUUCAUGUAAUCACAGGUUCAGUAAUGAACAAAAUACCUCACUGUGUUGGAUAUAAUCGACGGAGCAUGGAGUGAAAACUAACCUUAAAUGAGUUCUAGGCAUAUAAAUUUGAUUUGCAUAUGGAUUGAGAUGUCAUUUAUCUGAUUGGUCGGUUGGUUGCUAGGCAGCACAGCAUCCAUUCACCGCCUGCCGUAGCCUCCGUCUGAAAUUCAUUCGAUUCCGGCCGCCUCCCUGAAGACAACGGCAAAGGUACUGUACUGCUGCUAUGUUACACUUUAGGGAUGGGUCGGUGAAAUGUUUCUGCGCGUUAGCCGUGGCUGUUUUCUACAGGAGCUGCUGUGAAAUUUAACCAAAAGAGCUGCACAGGUCUGGGUUCAAGUUUUUGUCUCGGGUGUCCCGCCCUGGAGCCCACUGUGUACCUUCUGUUACUCUUUAUUUUAUUGCAGUGUGAGUUUUGUUGUGAUUGGGGUUAUUAUCAAUAAACACGUUCAGCUAA